AUGGAACUUCGCGUUCCUCCCCUGGGCCUUGGCGCACGGCCUCCGCUAGCGGCAGGAAAGUAUGCGCUCGGGACAGACGGCAGAAGGAUACCUUUCAUGUGGUUUAGUGGACUGAACGCCGUUGGUGCAGUCCUAGCACUACGGAGCCACUCGCGGCCAGAUCAAACACCGUUCUCUCAGAGGAACCGAAUGCUGCAAAGGCCUCGCGAGCAGUAUGCAUCUCGUACCGGUCGCAAUGACAAGCGGAAGCGCCCACAUUUUCUCCUGACACCUACGAACCCACGGGUUCAUCUCACACCAGGGCGGACGCAAGACGCCUCAAGUGUUCGAUAUAAAAUCAAAAAUGCCAGGCGCCCACAGCAGCUGCAGAAUAUUCUGGAGCGAACCCAAGCAGAGGGUAAACUUGACUCCAGUGUGCUCGGCGCAGCAAUGCAAAGAUGUGGGCAUGGACUGUGGUGGCCUGAGCUCGUUGAUGUUUAUACCAUGCACCAGCAGUUUGGAAUUGCGUUGCACUGCAUCGAACACAACAUUUUGUUGCAUGCUUUGACAUCUUGUCUCAAAUGCAAGAAGACCUCUGUGGCAACUAUGGAGAGCCGGAAGCAUGAGGCCCUGGAAAUAGCCAAGAGUGCCUGGGGCUCGCCUCCCCCGACAACAGUGGCAGACUUCAACUGUGGUUUGAGCAGUGCUCUGCGCUUAUGUUCUCGCAUAGGCAGCGAUUCGGCGUAUGCGUGGGCAGACGAUAUUUGGAAGAAGUCCGAACUGCAGCCGUUCCCAAAAACGUUUGUGACAUAUGCUGCCAGAACUUGUCUUUGCGAGCAGCGUGGUGAGUAUCAGGCUGUAUCUGACCUGCUAAUGCAGACGGUUCGGCAAAGGCUUUCUCCGGAUGAGGUGCUUCUUGGCGGGUUGCUCCAGGAAUCAGCAGCCCACUUCAACUGGAAACGUGCCGAUGAUAUUUGGCAGCUGUUUCUGACGCAGCACCAAGUAAAACCGAACUUCUUGACUUACACUGCAUACGCCAAGGCUCACCUUCUUGCAGGACGGCCUCACGUGAGUGUUCGGAUCAUUGAGACCAUGCUGUCAGCUGGUACUUGCAAGAUGGACUACAAGCUUGCGAUAGAGUUUACUCAAGCCCUCCUUCUUGUGUGCCACUCGUCCUUGGCCCCAUCCGACACAAAGCGGCUGACGACUUUCUUGGGUGAGGGUGCCAAGAUCAUUGCUAACGAGUCAGCGGGGUCGGGCAAGGACCAGUGGCAAGAUUUGACAUCCCGGGCAAACCAGCUGAUGGCCGACCCAAGCUCUGUCACCUUUGCGGACCUUCUCAUCACAAUGAAUGCUCGCGAACUCAGUGUGAUGAAGUCUUGGCCCAAUUACCCGCCAGGCAGCGGCUACUUGAAACACAGGUGA